UGGUUAAAGUUUAGAGCUUUUCAUUGGCUGAAGACGUGACACAUUUGGCGUUACUGCGCCAUGUCAAUGUGCAGUGUGCAACAGGACAUUGCAAAUAUUGCGUAUUAACUGCACUGACGUGUAUAUCAGUAACACAACAUGACAGAAGAGGUGGAGGAGCGAGGGUCGUGGGGAGGCAAGUUUGAGUUCCUGCUGUCCUGUGUGGGCUACGCUGUGGGUCUGGGAAACGUCUGGAGGUUCCCCUACCUCUGCUACAGGAAUGGAGGAGCCACGUUCCUCAUCCCGUACGUCAUCAUGUUGGUGGUGGCUGGUCUGCCGUUAUUCUUCCUGGAGCUAGCCGCAGGUCAGUUCGCCUCCGAGGGGCCGAUCACAGUGUGGAAGGUCAGCCCGGCGUUCCAUGGUAUCGGAUUUGCCAUGGUGACCAUCAGCGGAAUGGUGUCCAUCUACUACAACGUCAUCAUCAUGUACGCCAUAUACUACAUGUUUGCCAGCUUCGUCCACCUCGACGACACCGUACCCUGGGACGGGUGUAACAACACGUGGAACACUAAACUCUGCAGAUCCAGCUUCCCGGCUCUUGAUGUAAUGAAUGAAACUAACAAGUUGGAUACCCUCUACGAUCAACUGUACAACACAUCAUGUGUUCACGAGCUCCUUGGAAACUUCUCUGACAAAUACAACACCAGUUUCACCAACAUAUCACAGCUGAACACCACAAUCGUCCAGGAUAAAUUCACCGAUGGUUGCAAACUACGAUUCUUCUCACCUAGCGCCGAAUACUGGGAGCGGUAUGUCCUCCGUCUUCACGAAUCUGAUGGUUUUGAAGACAUUGGUGGCGUCAGCUUGAAGAACGCAGUCUGUCUGUUUUUGGCUUGGCUCCUCAUAUUCGCCUGUCUCAUGAAGGGAGUGAAAUCAUCCGGCAAGGUCGUGUACUUCACCGCCACCUUCCCCUACAUCAUCCUCGUGGUCCUGCUGAUCCGAGGCCUGACUCUGGAGGGAUACGAGAAGGGCAUUACAUUCUACAUGACUCCACAGCUCCACAGGCUGACGGAGGCAAAGGUAUGGGGAGAUGCAGCCACUCAGAUCUUCUACUCCCUGGGUGCUGGAUUCGGAGGGCUGUUGACCAUGUCCAGUUUCAACAAGUUUAAGAACAACUGUGAACGAGAUGCCCUCAUCGUCGCCAUCAUCAACUGUGGCACCAGUGUGUUCGCCGGCUUUGCCGUCUUCUCCCUCCUGGGUUUCAUGGCGCACAGCACCAACCAGGACGUGGAGAGCGUGGUCGACCAAGGUCCUGGUCUUGCUUUCAUUGCCUACCCAGAAGGCAUAUCUAAACUUCCGGUGUCACCACUGUGGGCCUUCCUGUUCUUCUUCAUGCUGCUGACCCUUGGUUUGGACAGUCAGUUUGCCAUGGUGGAGACGCUGAUCAGCGGCAUCAGUGACGUCUUCCCACGUGUCCUGAGGAAGCAUAAAGUUCUCUUCACUGCCAUCUGCUGUCUGAUUGGCUUUCUUCUCGGGCUGCCCCAAGUGACAAAGGGUGGUAUUUAUAUGCUGACACUGAUGGACUGGUACACUGGCAGCUACAACCUGAUGCUGGUGGCUCUGUCGGAGAUCAUCUGCCUCAUGUAUGUCUAUCCUUUGGUGGGUUGGUUCUGGCCACAGCACCAAGGUAAACGAACUAUCGUCCCGUUCUUGGAGGACAUCAAGAUGAUGAUUGGCCACAAACCCAACCCAUACUGGGUCAUCAACUGGGUCUUCCUGACCCCUGUCGUCAUCCUUUUCAUCGUGAUCGUGUCGGCCACUCAGUACGCCCCUGCCAACUACGGAGACUACGAGUUCCCCCCGUGGGCUGAAGGCAUUGGCUGGUGCAUGGUUCUCGCCCCUGUUGCUAUGAUACUCCUCGUCAUGUUAAUUCAGAUAAUAAGACUCGGCCCGCUGAAAGCGUUCAGCCCAACAAGAAGCUGGGGACCUGCCAAUCCCGAGGAUCGAACAGGGAAAUACGCAAGCCUUGGCCAUGCUAAUGGUAUCAAGAAACCCUACACCGUUAACGUCCAGAACGGCAGCUCCCCUCCCUACAAUGGCGGCAUAGAAAACAAAGCCUUCUCAUGUAGAAUGUAGCUUGAUCUUAGCAAGGGCUCAUGCUAAGAGUAACUUGCAACAUCAUUUAGUAUUUGCAUUGAAAAGACAGAUCUACGUUGCGUAGCUUCAAAUGUCGUCAUCCAAGUGUCGAAAAUAACCUUAAUCCAAAGCCCAUGACAUUUAAAUAAUUAAUCCACAUUAAUCCGCCUUAAUAAUGACGGACUGGUUCAUGUGAAAUGCGGAAAGUAGUCUGUGUAUGUUAACGUAAUCGAAGUUAAUGGUGCAGCCACAUUUCAAUUAAACUUUACCUUGUGCCAAUCUUUUAAACGUAAACCGAGUCCCACUAUUGACGUGGAAUGUACCAAGUAACAACGUUCCCAUGGAAGCUACAUGUACGAAAAUAUCUGUAGUAGAUAGCUCUUACAUUACACUUCUGUAAUUAGCAAUGUUCAAUUUUAACCUUUUGCAACUGAACAUUUCUUAGAAAUCUUCGAUGUUUGGAAUGUUAGAAUAACUCACUUUAAGGUAAUGCUUCAAAUAAUGGUGCCAUUGCAUCAUCUUUUGACGUCACACAAAUUGAUGCUCAUCCGUCACAUAUAGGUAGAUUAUAAGUGUUACACCACAAAUAUCACAUCUAAAGCUUUGCAGACCAUGGUAUACAUACAAAAUAUUACACGACACAGUUUUCGUUAUCACUGUGUGAUAUUAUUUUAUGUUUCAUAUAUCUAGUGUAUAGUGUUCUGUCUGGUGUAUAAUGCCCUGUCUUGUGUAUAGUGUUCUGUCUUGUGUAAAAAGUCGUCUAUGUUUUAUUUGCCUUGCUCGCGAGUUUCAACAAAGUGCUCAACGUGUAGUGUUUCGCCAGAUAUUUUUCCUUAAUGUCCUCAUUUGUGUUUUUCUACAUGUAUAUACCUUUUACUACCGCUUCAGUUAAAAAGCCUAAUCUGCCCCUUUGGAAGCACCAUGUCUCUCAUUUUAAAUCGUCUUUUCUCGUUAUUUCACUUGUUUAAUUUUUUUUCUCUCGAAACAUCGAAUACUUUCCCGUUAUAAAUAACGAAUAACGAGAAAGAAAUCGAAAUUUCCAGAAAAUAAUCGAAAAUAAUUGUUUAAGAUAUACUCACGGUAAACUCCUAGGCCCAACCCCCUCCCUUGAAUUUCAAAUGGUCGGUCCCUAAAUCAUUGUAAAUUGUCUAAACAUCUUGUCCUUCGCAUAAAUCUUUGGCAGCGAUUCAAAGAUAUGAGAAGCUUUUCCUUUGUGGGUAUAUCCUUCAGACUGUAUUUGUAAACUCUGGAAACCCAUGCCUGGUUACUCCCCAUGCUGUGUCAGGAUCCGUUCGUCGUGGGUGCGAAUCCCACCAUUGCCCCAAUUAUGUUGUUUCUCAGAAUCAUACUGUCUGUGGGAUUUACCAAAACAUAAAUCAUUUAGAGUUUCCACUCCGACUGCAACACCCACUUUGAGCUGACUUGAUCCACCACCUGGUGUACAGUUCCAGGCGGUUUCACCCAUCACCACGCUGACUUGAUCCACCAACUGGUGUACAGUUCCAAGCGGUUUCACCCAUCACCACCGCACUGACACAGACACUUCACUUUGUCUUCAUGUACUUAUAUGACUGAUAUCUUUUAUAUAAUCUUACGCUCGCCUACGUGUUCACAUUCUUGAUGUUAUGAUAAUGAGCUGUUCAUGUCUACCCUGUAUACUAUUCAAGUGUGAAGGAGCCAAGUGUAAUUCUGAUGAAAAGUUUCCGGGUUUUAGAACUCAUUCAAUUAAUUCACCUUUCAUUGUUUUUUUUAGUCUUUGCGAUAUUAAAGAUGUCAACCAUCGCUUCCUUAAA